AGCUGUCUUUUAAGACCCGAGCAAGCACUUCAAACUCAAACUCCAUUGUUUCUCAAGACAAGAGAGGGACAGUUGUCUCUUUCUGAAGACCAAAAAAAUGCCCUCUUUCUCUUCUCUCCGCCUUCCACCUCCAAAACCUUCUCUUCUCUCUCUCUCCCCUGUCCCUCCCUGUUUACCACCGUCAAAAUCUCUCAUUUUCACUCCCAGGAUCAAACCCAUGACCACCACAACCCUCUCUCCCCGCCUCCAAUCCUCCUGUUCCUCCUCCGCCACCAAAGCGAACCCAAAAAACCAAACCCAAAAUCCCUCUUCGUACGAUUUAAAAAUAGCUAUAAUUGGCUUUGGCAACUAUGGCCAAUUCCUCGCCAAGACCCUCAUUUCUCAAGGCCACACAGUCCUUGCUCACUCAAGAUCAGACCAUUCUCUUGCAGCCAAAUCCCUUGGUGUCUCUUUCUUUUUGGACCCUCAUGAUCUCUGUGAGCGACACCCAGAUGUCAUUUUACUUUGCACGUCAAUUAUUUCAACUGAAACAGUGCUAAAGUCUUUGCCUUUACAAAGACUAAAGAGAAACACAUUGUUUGUUGAUGUGUUAUCUGUGAAAGAAUUUGCUAAGAAUGUAUUGCUUGAUGUAUUGCCUCAUGAUUUUGAUAUCAUUUGUAGCCACCCCAUGUUUGGUCCUCAGAGUGCAAAACAUGGGUGGGAUGGUCUUUAUUUUGUUUACGAGAAUGUGAGGAUCGGUAAUGAGGAAAAUAGAGUUAAUAGGUGUAAAAAGUUUCUGGAAAUUUUUGAAAGAGAAGGGUGUAAAAUGGUGGAAAUGAGUUGUCAAGAACAUGAUAAGUAUGCCGCGGAAUCACAGUUUUUAACGCAUACUGUGGGGAGAGUGUUGGAGAUGUUGAAAUUGGAGUCCACGCCGAUUAAUACUAAAGGGUAUGAGAGUUUGCUGGAUUUGGUGGAGAAUACUUCAGGGGAUAGUUUUGAUCUGUAUUACGGGUUGUUUAUGUAUAAUAGGAAUGUGCUUGAGAUGUUGGAGAGGUUAGACUUGGCCUUUGAGGAUUUGAGGAAGCAGCUCUUUGGAAGGUUACAUGAGGUUGUGAGGAAGCAGCUGUUUGGGAAUGCGGAGAGCCGUAAAGUCGUGCAAGAGAAUUACAGUAAAGGGCACCUCAAUGGUGCUGCUGCAUUAUCAUCUAGUUCAAAAUCUGUGAGAUUUCAGGGCUCUGCCCAGACAUACAAGUACGAGGCAGAGAACUCAAGCUGCUCUGAUGACAGCUCCAAGAUCAAGAUUGCUAUUGUUGGAUUUGGAAACUUUGGUCAGUUCCUUGCAAAAACCUUUGUUCAACAGGGUCACUCAGUUUUAGCCUAUUCUAGAGCGAACUACUCUGAUGCGGCUCAAAGGCUUGGGGUCUCUUAUUUCUCUAAUGCAGAUGACCUCUGUGAAGAGCAUCCAGAAGUGAUUGUUCUUUGUACUUCUAUUCUCUCGACAGAAAAGGUUCUCAAGUCAUUACCAUUUCAGAGACUGAAGAGAAGUACUCUUUUUGUUGAUGUACUUUCAGUGAAAGAGUUUCCAAGGAAUCUGUUUCUUCAACAUUUACCAUCGCAUUUUGAUAUUCUCUGUACUCAUCCUAUGUUUGGACCUGAAAGUGGUAAAAAUGGGUGGAACCGGCUGGCGUUUGUUUUUGAGAAGGUCAGGAUUGGAAGUGAAGGUUCAAGAGUAUCACGAUGCGAUAAGUUUCUUGAUAUUUUUGCUCGAGAAAGAUGCAGAAUGGUGGAGAUGUCUUGUGCAGAGCAUGAUUGGUAUGCUGCGGGAUCACAGUUCAUUACACACACCAUGGGACGGGUUUUGGAAAAGUUAGGAAUGGAGUCAACUCCAGUUAACACUAAAGGCUAUGAAACUUUGUUGAAUUUGGUGGAAAAUACAGCUGGGGAUAGCUUUGAUCUGUACUAUGGUUUGUUCAUGUACAAUGUAAAUGCAAUGGAGCAGUUAGAGAGGUUGGAUUUGGCUUUUGAAUCAUUGAAGGAUCAGCUGUUUGGACGGUUGCAUGGAGUUCUCAGGAAGCAAUUGUUUGGGAGUUCAGACAACUCUCAAGACUUGAGUGAGGAACCUUCGGAUGCAAAAUUCUCUCAAAAUAGUGCUGCACUGGUGUCUUCUUGUUUGGAGACUCUUAAUGCUGAAAAUAAUUAACAUCUAUGUACCUUUGCAUUAUUGGAGUUUUGUGCUGCUGGGUAAGUUGGUAAUUCCAGCUAAACAGAAUCGGCAGUAGAGAAAAAUUGUAUUUAAGCCACUAGCUGAAAAUAUUUUUGCAACUUGCUGGAGGCAAUGAGUGAUGGUGAGAAGAGGCGUAUAUGAAGAUGCUUCCAUGACGUGUGAUGUAGAUGGGGAAUAAAAUUGAUCCAGUGUGACAGUAUCUCAAGGACAAGCAGAAGUUCAAGUAUGUGAGAAGAUCCCGGGCUCGGUCAAGUUUAGUAUCAAACUGAUUCUCUUUCUCUGGCCUUAAGAAAAGGGUUUUUGCACAAGCCAUUGCUUAAUAUGAAGUUCGUUAAGUUCAUUCUCCUGCAAUUUUUAGGUUAUUUCUCCUUCUCUGGUUUCACAGCCUGUUAUUUGUUGUAUCUUUUUCGUGUCGUAGGUAGGUGAGUUUGUUGUAUCAUUUGUUUCAAGUAAUUGUUAGGGAGCUCCAUUUUUGUUCAUCAGAGGAGCUCCUUUGACAGAUUUUGUUUCCAGUUCCUUUUGAUGUUUACAUGAAUAAAAAGAGCCAGAAAAAUUCUUUGGCUAUUUGUCACUUUA